AUGAUUGAAAAUCUGCCUGAUUGUAUAAAAGACGGUGUCGAUCAUUUUUCACGAAUUCUUGGAGACAAAGAAGAACGCUCAAAAUACUCGCUUCAUCAAGUUGAAAAUAUGCGCCAAAAGCGCAACUAUUUAAAGGAUUUUAUGAAGCUCAAAGUUUACGGCUGGUGCUCGGAAAGAUAUGAUUUACCUGUUUUGUAUCCGCUCAUUUGUGAUGUAUUUUAUGAAAUGGCGAAUCGAGACGACUCACAAGUCAGCAUUAUCAAGCGAGAUGGCGGUUAUAUGGUUGUUGAAUCAAUGGGGAUUUCUUUUCGCGAUUUUAAAAAUCAUACAUCACCACAAACACUGGAAAAGUUGGCUCGAUCGUGUGGACUCGAUGAGUCUAAAUUCAAAAAAGGACUGUACCCUUAUGAGUGGCAUACCGAUCCUGAUCAGUUGGAAAGGCGUAAGCAAUUCCUUGCUUAUCCCUGCUUCAGAUCGACAAUGACCAUACGCUCAGACAAGUAUCCAAAAGAGAUGAACGAACUUAUCGCACAACGUCACAACAAUAUGGAUCCGACAAAUAUUCUAGAGAUUGGUUAUUUGUUGAAUCUUCAUUUGUUGAUUGACGAUGAGGUGGUGAUUGAUGCAUGCGAGAAUCGUGAUAAGAAUCCGCUGAUGGAGUUCAACACUGCGCACGAGUAUGGCGAUAAUAUUUUUGAAAAAAUUUGUCAAUGGUUUACAAUGGAUGAAGAAAAGGGCUGCCUUCAGUGUGAUCCAAAUGAUGAACAAGUUCAAGAGUUUUUUGCAUGCUCGCCCAAGCUCUAUGUGGAAAGCAGCCGCCGAUGGGACGAACUCGAGGCAAUAUUCAACGAUGAUAUGUCUAUGACGCGAUUUCUCAUUGAUUACAAUUUUAACGAUGUUAUUCUUUUAGAAGGAUCGAUAUCGUCAUUUGCAGAGAGUUACAAAAGUCGAUUGCAAAUUUGCUUGCACUCGUUUCUCUCAAUUGCAAAGCUAGCGCAGACAAUUUCAUUUAUAAUGUACGAUCCGAGCGUGCCACCAAUUUAUUCAAUACCUCCAAAACAUUGCGAUUUUUACAAUAAAUGUCGUGAAAAGUUAUCUGGAGGCAUAACUCAAGUACUGCACCGUGCGAUCAAUCUCAACGGUGAAAGUGAACACAUUCCAGCUGCUGCAAGAAUUGCGCCAAAUGGUAAACCCUAUGUUAAAGUUAUCAUGUUGGAUUUUAAUUCUUUGUAUCCACAAAUCUUUCGAAGUUGGAUGCCCUGUGGGCCAGGAAUCAUGUUUAAAAAAGACGGUGGAAGGUUUUUUGCCGAUGGAAUGUUCAAUCAAAGGGAGAACGCAUCGAUUGAGUCGAUCCAAUGGCUCGAGUAUUGUAAUUCAAUGACAGAAUACAACGGUCAAAUAAAACAUGCUUACAAUCACGUGGAAAAGAAGAUUGCCGGCUACUCUGUGGAUGGAUAUUUUGAGGAUCAAGACAACAUUGUUGUUUUUGAAUUUCGUGGUUGCUCUUUUCAUUAUUGUCCUAAUUUGAUUGAUGCUCAUCCUGAUAUUCCACCCAUUUUCGACAAGGUUCGAAUCGAGCGAGAAGACGUUCAAGGAUUCAUUACGGAAAUGUUGACAAAAGAAGAAUUGGAUCAAAUGUUUCCCAAAGAGGAGAAUGCCUUUUGCUACAAUGCGCAAGAUUAUUUGAUAACAAGUGCAAUGCUCAAACAUUAUCACGACAAAGGACUCAAUUACAAAGCUGAAGCGACGCUGACAAAAGGAUGGUACUGUGGUGUCUCACCAAAAUGUUACAUUAUGAGUGCAAUCGAUGAGACGGAACUUGAACGAGCAAUUUUGCAAAUGGACAAAGACGUCAAUGUUGAUCGACUGUACAAGGAAGUCAUGCUGAGCGAAAAUGUGACACCUUUUAUGAAAAAAUCGGCAAAAGGGUGCAAGAAAAAGAUUCCACUCAGUUUUUACGAAUACUUGAUCUCAAUCUUUGGAAGUGCGAAAAAACGAGUGACAAAGAAUGUUCCACAAAUUCAAAUGGACCGAAAAAGGGAUCAAAUGAAAACGUGGACGAUGGAACGCAAGGUCAUCAACCCAAUCCUCACGAAACGCAUCAUCAGCAAAGACAGAAUUUCUACCACUCCACUGCGGCGUGCAAACGGCGACUUUAUUUGA